UCAAGGGUGUUCCGUCAACUAUUGCCUCAACUGCUGGCAUGCAAUGCCUUCCUCGUGGUUUCCCUGUAUGCGGGGAAGGAGUGGCUCCUUGAAUACGAAGUCGGCGUGUUCUGGGUCCUCAUGAGGGUCUUGGCGUGUGGUGGAUUAUCGGCGCUGGUGUAUCAGGUGCUGAGUGGGAAUUUGAGCCCGAAGAGGCCAGUUGAGUGGUCAGUGGUUGGUCUGGCGUCCCUUUCCCUGCUGGUGCAACAAGCCUGCUUGUUGACCGCCUUGCUAAGGACAUCACCUCUCCGGUGA